AUGACAAUGACUGAAAGUAAAGUAUCAGGCAAAUAUGUGCUGGUGACUGGUGGUGCAGGUUACAUUGGAUCGCAUGCAGUUGCUGAAUUGAUUGAGAAUGGAUACAAAUGUGUUGUGGUUGAUAACUUGUGCAGCUCAUCCUACGAAUCUGUGGCUCGGUUAGAGUUAAUGACAAAACAUUACAUUCCAUUUUGCAAAGUGGAUCUAUGUGACCGCGAAGGACUAGAAAAAGUGUUCCAAGACUACGACAUUGAUUCUGUCAUUCACUUCGCCGGUUUGAAAGCUGUCGAUGAGUCAACCAAGAUUCCUUUGAAAUACUUUAACAACAAUAUAGUGGGAACUUUAGUUCUUCUGGAAUUGAUGGAGAAGUACCAUGUUGAAAAGCUGGUGUUCUCGUCUUCGGCUACAGUGUACGGAGAUGCCAACAGAUUCCCUAAUAUGAUUCCGAUCCCUGAAGAGUGCCCAUUGGGUCCUACUAACCCAUAUGGUCACACGAAGUUUACGAUUGAGAAGAUGUUGCAGGAUCUUUAUGCCAGUAACACGAGUACAUGGAAGUUCGCUAUUCUGCGUUACUUCAAUCCUAUUGGAGCUCACCCUUCAGGACUAAUUGGUGAGGAUCCUUUGGGUAUUCCAAACAACUUACUGUCAUACAUGGCUCAAGUCGCUACUGGCAGACGUGAGAAAUUGUAUGUGUUUGGCGAUGACUAUGAUACUAGAGAUGGUACACCAAUCAGUGAUUAUAUUCAUGUGGUAGACCUUGUCAAGGGUCACAUCGCGGCAUUAGAAUACUUGGACGCUCAUAGUCCUGAUGGACUGUGUCGUGAAUGGAACCUGGGAUCAGGCACAGGUUCGACUGUUUUCGAAGUCUACCGCGCCUUUUGCAAGGCGUCCCACACGAAAAUUCCCUACGAAGUUACUGGUAGAAGACCUGGUGACGUUGUAAAUUUGACUGUCAAACCAGAAAGAGCUCAACGUGAAUUGAAAUGGAAAACAGAGCUGGAUAUUGGUGUCGCAUGUUCUGAUUUAUGGAAAUGGGCUACGAAAAAUCCUUCUGCUUUCCAGUUGAAGGGACUGAAGGCUGAAUUUGCUGGAGCAGUUAAUGACUACGAUAACAGAUUUACCACACUUGGAGCCGGUUCAAAAUUCGAAGCUACUAUAGCCAAUCUAGGUGCUACUCUUGUCGAUUUGAAGGUAAACGGUCAAUCAGUGCUUUUGGGUUAUUCGCGAGCUGAGGAUUAUGUUUCUGAUGGUGGUAAUUACAUUGGUGCUACCGUUGGUCGUUUUGCGAACCGUAUUAAGGAGGGUCGGUUCACUUUGCAAGAUGGUCCUCACAAGUUGACGGUUAACAACUGUGGUAACGCUAAUCAUAGUAGUAUCAGUUCUUUUCAUCUCAAGAAAUUUUUGGGACCGUUGACUGAGAAUCCUUGCAAGGACGUUUACACUGCUGAGUUUCUUCUGUUAGAUGACCAUUCAAUACCAAAUGAAUUCCCGGGCGACUUAGAAGUCCUCGUAAAAUUUACUUUGAACGUUACCGAGAUGUCAUUGAAAUUUAGUUAUCAAGCUCAGUUAAUAAAUGGUGAAGCUACUCCAAUCAAUAUGACUAACCACACAUAUUUCAAUUUGAACAAAAUUAACAAUGAACAAUCUAUCAGUGGUACAGAAGUGAGUAUUUGUUCAAACAAAUCGCUUGAAGUCAGUGAAGGAGCAUUGAUUCCUACAGGUAAGAUCAUCGAUAGAGAUAUCGCCACAUUUGACUCCGCCAGACCUACUACUUUGGGUGAAGAUGGUCCAACGUAUGAUUAUUGUUUUAUUUCUGAUGAUAACAAAGACUUAAAAUCGCCCGACUCAAGAAGUCAAAAUGAAUUAUGUCCCAUCUUGAAGGCCUACCAUCCAGAAUCGAAAAUUACCAUGGAAGUCUCAACCACAGAACCAACGUUCAUUUUCUAUAGUGGUGACAAUCUUUUUGGAAAAUUUAUACCAAGACAAGGAUUUUGUGUCGAGCAAGGGAGAUAUAUUGAUGCAAUUAACCGUGAUGACUGGAAGGACUGUGUUCUUCUAAAACGUGGCGAUGUUUACACUUCAGAAACCCAAUACCGCUUCGAGAACUAA